AUGAGUAAGCUAAGUAAGCUUAUAGGUUCAUACCCUGUCAAUGAAAGUAAAACCUUUCCCUUUUUAAUUAAAAUUUAUAAAAUUGUAUUUAUUAAUUCCAUAAUCAUAGGAACUCUCAUUGCAAUUUCAUCAUACUCAUGAUUAAGAAUAUGGAUAGGACUAGAAAUUAACCUACUCUCAGUAAUCCCACUAUUUUCAGACAGAAAAAACAUAUUUUCCUCAGAAUCAUCAAUAAAAUACUUUAUUACACAGGCAAUAGCAUCCUUAAUUCUACUAAUAGCAGUUAUAAUAACAUUGACAACUCAAGAAUUUAUUAACCCCCUAAUAAAUUUUUAUUUUUCAAUAAUAAUUACAACUGCAUUAAUAACAAAAUUAGGAGCCGCCCCAUUCCAUUUCUGAUUUCCCGAAGUAAUUGAAGGUUUAAAUUGAACCAAUUCCUUAAUUCUGCUAACUUGACAAAAAAUUGCCCCAAUAAUAUUAAUUAUAAAUAUUAAUCUAAAUGAACUUUUCCUUGUUUCAAUCAUUAUCAUCAGACUUUUAACAAGAACAAUUAGAGGGUUCAAUCAAAUUAGCCUACGUAAAAUUCUUGCAUUUUCCUCAAUUAACCAUAUCGCAUGAAUAUUAUCUACAUCAAUAAUAUCGCUAGCCACAUGAUCAG